AUGGCGCCCGCGCGUGCUCCGUGCCGGGGUAGGAAGCCCCUGAGGGCCCCGGUUGUUAAGGAACAAACCCACAAGUGCAGAGACCCCUGUCGGAUCCCCGAGCCAGGCAGCCCUGCGGAGGCGGGGGUGGUGGGCUCGCUGCCGGUUCGGCUGAGACCUGGGGAGCGGCUGUCCCUCCUGGAGCCCCUGCAGCCCCUGCAGUUGUCUGCACUCACUCCUCUGGGUGCUGCCCCUGCCCAGAGCCCCGAGGGUGGCGCCCUCCCUGGCAGGGGUGCCGGGGCCUUGGCUGAGAGCGUCGGCUGUGCUCAGCCAUCGGCAGUCCCGCGCAGCUCACUGCCGGAAGCUCCGGGCUCCAGGAUGGGGAACCACGUGGGAAAGCGAGAGCUUGGCGCCGAGAAGGCCACGAAGGACGCGGCGGGCCCCGGCGGAGACGGCCACGGCGGGAGACGCGCCGCGCGCGAGCUUUCCCGGGAGGCCUCGGAGGACAACGAGGUGUUCGGGCAGGCAGAUGCGGGGCCGGACAAUGUGGGCCCCUCCCCGGGCUCCGCGGUGACAGACUCCACGCGCACAGCCGCCCCGAAGAAUGCCUGGCCGGGCGCCAGCCCAGCUGACCCCAGGGGCCGCCCCCACUUGAUCCGCCUCUUCUCCCGAGAUGCCCCGGGCCGGGAGGACAACACCUUCAAAGACAGGCCCUCGGAAUCAGACGAGCUCCAGACCAUCCAAGAGGACAGCACCGCCGCUCCUGAGGGCCCCAGCGUGAUGGCCUCGCAGAAGAGACCCUCCCAGCGGCACGGCUCCAAGUACCUGGCCUCGGCCAGCACCAUGGACCACGCCCGGCACGGCUUCCUGCCCAGGCACAGGGACACCGGCUUCCUGGACUCGCUCGGGCGCUUCUUCAGCGGCGACAGGGGCGUGCCCAAGCGGGGCUCGGGCAAGGACACACACCACGCGGCGAGGACCACCCACUACGGCUCGCUGCCCCAGAAGUCACAGCACGGCCGCGCCCAGGACGAGAACCCCGUGGUCCACUUCUUCAAGAACAUCGUGACGCCGCGCACGCCCCCUCCGUCGCAGGGCAAGGGGCGAGGACUGUCCCUCAGCAGAUUUAGCUGGGGCGCCGAGGGGCAGAAGCCGGGAUUCGGCUACGGGGGCCGCGCGUCGUCCGCCCACAAGGGACUCAAGGCCCACGACGCCCAGGGCGCGCUUUCCAGAAUCUUUAAGCUGGGAGGCCGGGACAGCCGCUCCGGGUCGCCCAUGGCCAGACGCUGAAGCCCCGCCUCGGCCCCGUCUCCCGUCCUCAGCCUCUUAACCUCCCGCCUCCAGACUCUAACACGGCCCGCG